GGCUGAGCAGCGCUGCUGGUGUCAGAGCCCCGGUGAGCGCCCGGCAGUUCCGCGGCGGGGAUGCUGAGGAGCGCGGGGUCCGCGAUCAGCGCUGUCCACUGCGGACUUCCGAGGCACUCCGGGCGGUGAAAGCCAACCCCAGGCCUCCGAGGCCAUUUCACUGUUUUCCUGAAGCCGCACGGGGAGAAGUGUCCAGCUCGGCAGCGGCAGUUCUCCGGCAUCCAGAGCUUUCUGGAACCCCGAGAGAACACCCCGGGGUUUUCUCGAGCCUCCCCUCCGCGGACCCUAGAAGACCCGGCUAACUGCGUGGACCUGACCCCGGACCCCCGACCCCCUUGCUUCGGGUGCACGGCUUAGUGGUCAGCCGCGGCUGGGCUCCUGGCUCACACCAUGAUCGUGGCGGACUCCGAGUGCCGCGCGGAGCUCAAGGGCUACCUGCCGUUCUCCCGGGGCAGCGUGGGCAGCCCGGGGACCAGAGAGGAGCAGAGGGAUAGCCAGGCUCGGCGAGGCCCCCGGGGGCCCAGUGCCUUCAUCCCAGUGGAGGAGGUCCUUCGGGAAGGGGCGGAAAGCCUGGAGCAGCACCUGGGCCUGGAGGCACUGAUGUCCUCGGGGCGGGUGGACAACCUGGCAGUGGUGAUGGGUCUCCACCCCGACUACUUCAGCAGCUUUUGGCGCCUGCACUACCUGCUGCUGCACACGGAUGGACCCCUGGCCAGCUCCUGGCGCCACUACAUUGCCAUCAUGGCUGCUGCCCGCCACCAGUGCUCUUACCUGGUGGGCUCCCACAUGGCUGAGUUCCUGCAGACUGGUGGUGACCCUGAGUGGCUGCUGGGUCUCCACCGGGCCCCUGAGAAGCUACGCAAACUCAGUGAGAUCAACAAGUUGUUGGCACAUCGGCCAUGGCUUAUUACCAAGGAGCACAUUGAGGCCUUGCUAAAGACUGGUGAGCACAGCUGGUCCCUGGCUGAACUCAUCCAAGCCCUGGUACUGCUCACUCACUGCCACUCGCUGGCCUCCUUCGUGUUUGGCUGUGGUAUCCUUCCUGAGGGGGAUACAGACGGCAGCCCGGCCCCCCAGGCACCAUCGCCCCCCAGUGAACAAGGCAGCCCCCCUAGUAGGGACUCAUUAAACAACUCUGGGGGCUUUGAAGCAGCACGUGAUGUGGAAGCUCUGAUGGAACGCAUGAGGCAGCUGCAGGAGAGCCUGCUGCGAGAGGAGGGAGCUUCCCAGGAGGAAAUGGAGAACCGCUUUGAGCUGGAGAAGUCAGAGAGCCUCCUGGUUACCCCUUCAGCUGACAUCCUGGAGCCAUCUCCACACCCAGACAUGCUAUGCUUUGUGGAAGACCCCACUUUUGGCUACGAGGACUUCACCCGGAGAGGGGCUCAGGCACCCCCCACCUUUCGUGCCCAGGAUUAUACCUGGGAAGACCAUGGCUACUCACUGAUCCAGCGGCUUUACCCUGAGGGAGGACAGCUGCUGGAUGAGAAGUUUCAGGCAGCCUACAGUCUCACCUACAACACCAUUGCCAUGCACAGCGGUGUGGACACCUCCAUGCUUCGCAGGGCUAUCUGGAACUACAUCCACUGUGUCUUCGGCAUCAGAUAUGAUGACUAUGACUAUGGGGAGGUGAACCAGCUCCUGGAGAGGAACCUCAAGGUCUACAUCAAGACAGUGGCCUGCUACCCAGAAAAGACCACCCGAAGAAUGUACAACCACUUCUGGAGGCACUUCCGCCACUCAGAGAAGGUCCACGUGAACUUGCUGCUCCUAGAGGCCAGAAUGCAAGCUGCCCUGCUCUAUGCUCUCCGCGCCAUCACCCGCUACAUGACCUGAUUCCCUCCUGUGAAGGACUCGCACCUGGAGCAGCUGACCCCGGGGCAUCGUCCACUCUGCAAGGACUUCUGUGUCUGGAGACAGAGCCAGGAUCCUUUCUGUCUCCUGCCCAUCCAUCCCCACCCUGGGGCUGGGCAUGUGUGUGGUGUGCAGCCUCCGAGCUGAACCACACCUUCCUUUUUCUCACUGGAAUGGACAGGAUCAUUGCACUGACUCUGGGGUCUCAGCUCUGCCCUGGAACGGGAAGAGGACUAGGAAAACCCAAGGGCCAUACCCCUCCUCUCCCUCCUUCCCAUGCCCCCAGAAACAGAGGAUGAAGGAGGGGUAGGGGGCUGAGUUCACACUUAUGUGCCAGCAGACUGCCAUAGGCACCAAGUCCUGGGACCUCUCUGGACUGGGAAGCCCCUGUACGGCCCCUGAGGGAGAGGGGCAAAGACCCCCAGGGACAGACACUCCAGGCAGCUUGCCUUCCCCUUCCCCUUGUUAUCAGAUUUCAUUACCUCACACCUACCCUUCACCCAUCAAUGUGAAAGUUUGGGUCACAGCUGGUCUGUGCCCAGGUCCCCCAAAGCCUGUUCUCUUGGGCAGCCUGUUAGUUGCCUGAAUCCUAGAUUAAACCUUUUGUCUCCUUUGUCCUCAUACCCUUUUCUCCCAUGGCCCAUGGUGUGAGGUCUUGGAGGAGAGAAAGAGCCAAGCACACGCAGAGCCGACUAGCUCUAGAGAGUUGGAGCCUGUGUUGGUCAGUCUGCAUUCAGAACAGAACUUCUAUUUGGGUCCCUUAUGGAUGAGAUAUGACCUUAUCAGGGCCUUACCUGUGAAGCCAUAGUCAAUACCUACAAGAGAGGAGAAACUAUUCUCCUAGGCUGCAUUGCUUUGCAGAGGUUGGCCUCCUAUCUUUCUGUCCCCAUGGGCUCUGCCAAGAAUGCUUGCCAAAAAGUUGAAUCUUUCUAGAUGGUACCAGGGCCCACCCAGUAAGAGCCGGAUACCAAUGUUCUUAUGUAGGUCCUGCCACUGGUUGAGUGGCUUUGGCACAUUACCACAACUCUCUUGUUCCACAGCUGAGGAACAAGCGGCAGAUUGAGGGGGUGGCUUACAUUUCCCAAGGUCUGAGGUUUUUGCCCUGGGCACUCAUACCUAAUUGCCAACAGCAAACUAAUUUCUCUUACAAGACCUUGAAGGCCUCUGGGGACCCUUAUUCCCACAGUCAGCCUCUUCUGGUUGCCUUCCAAGGACCCUCCCUGAUCCCUGUAUCCCAUCUGUUCCUUCUCCUGGGUUUUAGAUGGAUUACUUGGCAACAGAAGCAGCCAAGGACUGACCCCAGGCACUUUCAAUAGCAAACAACUGUGAAUUCCGACUUCCCUCACCCUUCCAGCAGCAGAUGCCUCCUCUCAUGCCUGUUCGGAGGUGCCUGGGAAAGGCGAGGGCGGGGAUGCGGCUGUUGCUGCCCUUCCUCCAUGUGGUUAGGCAGGAGAGGAGCCUGGCCAGCGUGCCACAUUUCAUGCCCGUGCAGGCACGGGGAAGCGACUAGCACCCCUUCAUACCCUUCCUGCAAAGAAGGGGGGCCGGAGGGGAGGCGCCCCAGCAUGGGGGUUGGGUUCUA